GUUUGGUUAAGUUUGGUUGACAACAGAGCUUGAGGCUGGUAUGCUAUAAGUUGUUGGCAUUAAGUCCUGUCAAUCAAAUUCAAUGCUGCCAUUUACUGCCUGUAUUUGUUUCUACUCAGUGAUUGACAGCUCUGUUAUUGUUACCAUGCACGGGUGUAUUGGCAGAGGCCAGAAUCACAGGCAAUGUAUUUUUGAUUGCUCAAAUUGUAAACUAUCCACUCAACUGCAAAUUACUGUCAUCCAAUUGCCAAGGUUACCUUUUCAGACCUAUAUAACGAAUUAACGACACGUGUACAGUUGAAAUACAAAGUUUUUCCAGGUGCUUAUCAAUCAUUAAAAAUAGGAAUAUUUUGAUUGUAUGCAUUAGCUCAAAAUAGCCAUACUGACUGCUUGUAUGUUUUUACUUUUAGAAGAGCUAGAUUGGUAAUAUAUAUCAAUUUAGUUUGCUGUGAUAAUGCCCUUCAUAUUUAUAGGUCAUUUGGGCACAGGGGUGCAUUAAAUGUCAUUUAUUGAACAGUUAAUCCUAAUUUACUUGUACAGGCUUUUCAUUGACAUCGUACUAAUUAUGAUUUUAAUCCCCUGACGACCAUGCUGGAGGGUAAUUUAAUUAGGCAGUAGCAUCUUCCUGUGGUUUAUAAUCCAACAUGGGGCAGAUGAUGUCAAAUGAAAAGCCUGUAUUACCCAUCUCAAAAUGAGUGAGGAGAUUCGAGAGCUUGUUGCAGUAGCAAUAGCCAAUCCUGUGUUGGCCGUCUCUGAAGAGAACAUGGAAGAAAAGGAGCAGAGUCGGCUGGUCUGCUCCAUGAACGUGCUUCACCAGGCUGACCAGAUCCUCAGGAAGUGCAUCUCUGAUGUCAUGGGAAGCGCUAAAGCUGACAACAGGAUGGGAAAGCCUGAGCUGAAGAUUCUGGGGAGACAGCUGAAUAAGAUCCGUGCAGAGCUCCUGGAUGACCUGAAGCACCACAAGCUGCAGCUGCCUCCCAUCGAGUGUAGUAAUAAAACGGCGUACUACUAG